AUGAGCGGUCCGGGGGGCGAGGCAGCAGGGGCUGGGCGGCUCGAAAUGCCGCCAACGGACCCGGGCGAGCUGGUCCAGCAUAUUAAAUCGCAGCUCCUCCCCAGCGAUAAGUCCCUAAAUAAAAACCAGCGGAAAAAGGCACGCAAGAAGGUGACCAAGAUAUUGCAAAAGGCACUGGGAAUUUCUCCCCAAACCGGAGCUUGUGCGGAUGACAAUGAUGACAGCGAUGGCGAGCAGCCGCCUUCCAGCAAAGAUACCGGAUGCUGCAGCAACCGGCGCGCCGCCGGCGGGAUCGGUCAAUCUGAUCCCACCUGCACCAGUACACCAAGGUUUGCCAAGCCAGUCCGGGCCCAACCUCCCGGGCUUGCGCCUCCCUUUCCCACUUCUAGCGAACCAGCGGAAGCCGCCGCCGCCGCCGCCGCUGCCGUGGCGACCGUAGCAACAGUCAUGACCCCACCGUCGAAAAAGCGGCGUCUUGACCCUGAUGUCCAAUCAGUGAACUGCGCCAGCAUCGGCGGCGCGGCCGCAGGUCCAGUUGGCGGCAACGCGCCGCAGGCGGCUCCCGCGGCUGCAUCGCAGCAACAGGCCAGGCAGGCUGCUUAUACUCGCCGUCGAUGCCCCGGGAGGUCUGACCUAACGGCGGCCCCCGGCGGCGCCAACAAGGCUUCCCAAGCGGGGUCCCGGGGGCGAGCGGACGCCGGAACGACAGCGGGGUCAGCCAUGCUCACCGGCGGCGGCGGAGGCGGCGGCAGUCGCAGCUAUGGCGGGUCGUCCGCCGCCGCGGCGCCGUCAGGCGGCAGUAGCCACUUGAGCCACGGUGCUCGUAAGCGACUCAGCCGCCGUCAGGCGCACCCGGAAGAUCUGUUGACGGUGGAUGACGACGGGGACGCUACUGCCGCCGCGGCCACCGCUGGUCUUGGAGAUGCGGCUAGCGGCCGCCACGGUAAUAAUAAUGCAGCGACGGCGGCGGCGGCGGCAGCGGCGGCGUGCGGUCAGGGUGGAGAAGCAGUCAGAAAGGGCGACGGAGGGGCGACUCGCAAGCGACGGGACCGGAAGCAGCGGGGCUGGAGCAGAGAACGACGUGUACGGCACUCUGGCGCCGCCGCCACGACUGCUGCGAGCGAGGAGGUGAUCCAGGUCCCGCCGCAAGGGGGCACGGCAGCUUCCGCUGCAGCGGCAGCGGCCGCCGCUGCGGUGGCUGCCAUGCAUCGAGGCUUCGGCUUGUACGGCGGCGCCGGUGCAUUUGCGGGACCGGUGGCGGUGACGACGGCGGCUACCGCUGCUGCUGCUGACGUCCGUACGGUCGCCACGUCACCACCGCUGGCCGCUCGUGCUGCCGGGUUGGCGGUGAGGGUUAGUGCCGCCACCGCAGCAGCAGCAAGGGGACCUGUCGACCUCUCCGCGGCGCUUCUCCUCAUGCGAGUACAUUUGCGGACGGCGGGGGAUGUGGAGGGUACGGCAGCGGCGGCGGCGGCGGCCGUGGUGGCGUCGGCCGCGGCUGGUCGCCCUGACGGCGUCACGGAAGACGCUGGCUGUACCGCGGGGCUGACGGCGACGGCAACUGCCGUCGGCAGCACGACCACUUGCAGUACAAGUGUGUCGGGUUACGGCAGCGGGCAAAUCUGCGGUGAGGGGGGAGGUACUGGCGGACAGCUCGUGACCGCUGUUGCGACGGCGGCGGGCUCAGGAGGAGCGGAAGUUGUCGCUGCCGCCGCCGUUGCGGCGGCAGGUGGCGGCAGGGGUGGCGUUCGUGCCGUGGAGCAAGUACGUAAGCAGAAGCAGCAGCGGACGGAGCGGCAGGCUGCUGCUUCCGCGGCGCUGUACCGGUACGGUAACUACCACCGGUAUUACGGUUACCGGUUGGGUGCAGACCUUGACGAAGACCCCAGGGUCAAGCUUAUGCGGCGGGAAUGGUUCCAGCGGCGUGUGGUGUUCGAUGUGGGCUGCAACGAGGGCUUGGUCACAUUGGCUGUAGCAACGCGUUUCGGAGCCAAGCGCAUGACGGGGUACGACAUUGACGGCACUCUCAUUAAGAAGGCCUGCAGAACUGAGAGUGCGGAUACCAUUCUGUGCCUCAGCGUCACCAAGUGGGUGCACCUAAACAACGGAGAUGCGGGACUGAAACGGCUGUUCAAGAAGUUCUUCGAUACACUGACUCCGGGCGGAUUGCUGGUUCUGGAGCCGCAGCCCUGGAAGUCGUACAAGCGUGCCGUACACAAGACGACGACCAACGCGGUUCCCUUCAAGCGCAUCGAGCAGCUGCAGCUGCGGCCCCAGCACUUUGUGAGCUACCUGACGACUCAGGUCGGGUUCGAACUGGAGACCCUGCUUAAUGAGGGAGAGGGUGUAGGCUUUGACCGGCCUAUGUACCUGCUGCGGAAGCCCUCGGCUGCUAAGGAGGUCGAGCAGUGACAGCCACCAGGUCCACCUUUGUGCAGAGAAGAAAAAGGAAAAGAAGGGGAACUUGAAAAUGCAUAAAAAAAAGGUUUAAUCGGUGGCUCUUGAAGGCAACAGGGGUCAUAAAAAAGGAUCUGAAUGCUAGAAAGAUAUUGUUGUUUUACAAAACUUAGGGUUUUAGGGUUAAGCUUAGCUUUACAAAGAGCCAUCCUGCUCCACUCAGACUUGGUAGGAAGAAGCAUGAGUAUUUUAAGGCAGACGAGAAGGGUCUCCUGCUGGGAAGGAGUACGGCAGGGGUUAUGCUAAUGGCGGCAGGAGUACGGCAGGGGUUAUGCUUGGGAUGUGGGGUGUACAUGUGUUACAGACGGUCUUGCCAGCAUGCGUUCGCUCAUCAUUGAAUAGAGCUUGUUUGUGCACUUGUGUGUAUAUUUGUGUUUUGAUCAUGUAUGUGUCUUCACUGCUUGGUGGUGGUAAGGAGGCGCUGGCCCAGCGUCAACUGUCAGGCGUCACUCCUUCCUGGUGUAAUGUGUUGUG